AUGCAGGAUAGCCAUACUAGUCUUCAGGAAGGUCUUCGGACUGGCUUGUCAUCUGGCUUAUCAUCAGAGAUCGCCUUUACAUCCUCUCAGGACGCAGCCUCUGGAAUAAUGGGAACCUUUGUCAAAGGGGUGGCGACUAUUUUCCAGAACACUGAGUCCACUAUGUGGCCAACAGACUCUUUGCUACUAGAAAACAGUGGGGGAGUUUCAGAGACCUCAACAGUGGCCUCCUGGGGAUUGACUGUGAAAAUAUCAGAGGAAAAGCUUUGGUCAAUGGCUAAGACCAUCUGCACCAAUGUGCAGAAGAAGCUUAAGGAUUUCCUCACAGGGCUGAAGCCAAAAAUCGUGGUCACUAUCCAGAGUGAAAUAUCCAUCUCAGAGAGAAUGAACACAUCCAGGGAGCUCCUUCAGAUCAACAACGAUGUUGAAGGAGGAAGAGAGAAGUGAGGGUGACAGUGAACAAGUCUUUCAAGAGACACCCAGGACCCACUCAUCAUUGUCUACAUUUUCAAGGGGUCAUAGUUUCUUGUCCAGAUCUUCAAAGGGUCAUAGAUCAGAGACGGAGUUAGAGAUUAACCUCCCUGGCACUCCCAUCCCUGACAAGGUGCAUGAUGUGAUGUUUCCCAUAGUAAGGAGUUGUAUCAUUGACACCAGGGAAUAUACCAUUCCAGAAAUGUCCAUCAAUGACAUGAGAAAGAACAUGAUGUCAAUCGUGGACACCCUAAUGGAGGCUGUCCACACAGAGAUGGCAGGGCAAGACAGCUCUCCUCUUUGA